AUGACAAAUAUACUUUCGAAAUUAUUACCUGGAGAACCGGUUGGCCGUUUGCAUGAGAACCCUGAUAUUAAUCGCAUUUAUGAAUUGACACAUGGAGAUGGUAUUAUAUCAGGUGAAACAGCUGAAUUAAGCG